GUUGCUCUCUCCAACACCACAACAUUUCUCUUCAUCAAGCUCACUUCAUUUCAUCGAGAUACCCGUAAAUAAAGCAAAUUACUCUCCCUCGUCAUGUCUGCACGACUGGACUCCCCCAUCAAGACCCCAAGCGGUGUCGUCUUUCCCAAUCGCCUCAUCAAGGCCGCAAUGGCGGAAGGCAUGGCGGACGACUCGAAUAAUCCCGGCGACAAACACAUAGCCGCCUACGACAGCUGGGGCUCCGGAGGAUGGGGCGGUCUCCUAACCGGCAACGUCGACGUCUCCACCGUCCACAUGGGUAGCCCCAAGAACAUCGUCGUCAAGCCCUCCAUAUCCCAGGAAACCCGAGACGCGUGGAAACGCUGGGCGUUGGCGGCGCAGCAGAACGGCACGCCCACGCUCGUCCAGCUCGUGCAUCCGGGACGCCAGAGUAUGGUGGGAGGCGGGUCACGCAAGUUCACUGAGAAAACGAUCGCUCCUUCGCCUAUCGCUCUAAACAUCGGAAACGGGCUACUGGAGCGCCUACUCCGACAUCUACUAUUCGGCAGCCCGAGAGAAAUGACGCUCCAAGAGAUUCAAGAGGUCAUCCAACAGUUCGCGGAUGCAGCUAAGCUGGCAUACGAAUCUGGCUUUGCGGGUAUCCAAAUCCACGGCGCACACGGCUACCUGCUAUCGCAAUUCCUCUCCCCGAAAUCCAAUGUCCGGACGGACGCGUACGGCGGCACACCGGCCAAGCGCGCACGCAUCGUCACCGAAGUCAUUCGCGCAGUGCGCGCCGUCGUCCCGUCAUCCUUCUGCGUUGGCAUUAAGCUGAAUUCCGCAGACGUUGGCGGCUCGGAGUCACUCGAAGACAAUCUCGAGCAGAUCGGGCUCAUUGUCAGGGAAGAGAUCGACUUCAUAGAGAUCAGUGGAGGGUCAUAUGAGAAGCUGCGUAUGGCCGUUGGCGACAACCCGGAUCCCAGAGCCGCUCGCACCGCCGCUCGCGAAGCCUUCUUCCUCGACUACUCGCGCGCUGUGCGGGCCCGGUAUCCAUCUACACUCCUCAUGGUAACCGGUGGCUUCCGGACGCGUAAGGGUAUGCUCUCCGCUCUUGAGACCAACGCCUGUGACCUUAUUGGCCUGGGGAGACCUGCAGCCGUGUGGCCGAAGCUGCCGAAGGAGGUGUUGCUUAAUGCGGAGUUGAAGGAUGAGGAAGCGAAGUGCGAGCUGAACAUGGUCCGGGGAAAUUGGUUCGUGAGGAUGUUGGGGGUGAAGAUGAUCAAUCUAGGUGUCGAUACGUUGUAUUACGUGGAUCAGAUUCAUCGUUUGGGAAUGGGAAAGAGGACGGAGGCGCCUCCAAAGGCGUAGAUGGGGAACACUUUUGGAUAUUUGUAGGUUGGCUGCGCUUCU